AGGGAUAUAUAUAAUCUCUGCGCUUCAACGAAAAUAAUAUCAAAAUUAAGAACAAAUUUUUCUUUGAAAUUUAUUGUUCUAUUUUGUUUUCACGUGGACGCUCAUCGUGCUUCACUCGAUCGACAAACGCUAAUGGAGAUGUCGUAAGAGAGAGCCGCAAAAAGAAUCUGCGAAGCUUCUUCUGGAUCUGAUGUUAUACCAAAGCUCCGAUAUCAAUCUCUCAUGUUUGUUCCAUAUUUUCUAAUUUAUUCAUAAUUUGAUUUUUCCUUAAAAAAUUAUGCUUGUAGAUAUUCCGGUCAUGAAGAAAUCUGAGAAAUCGACUCUCCGAGCAUCUCAGCUACAGGACUUUUGCAGAAGAAAAAACAAUGCAGAAUUAAUUGAAAACAACAGGAUAUUAUACUUGAAGCUUCAAGCAAAGGAAAUUGUUGAUACAAAUUUUGGGUAUGGCGGUCGGAGGCAGUUGACUGAGAGGUGGAGCAUUAAUGGAAUAGUAAUGAAGGUUACUUGGUUUUGGUGGGAAGGAGUGGAGUUGCUUAGCCUCUUUUAUCGGGGUCCUAGUUUAUAUCAUGAGAGAGCCACGUGUCACAAUGUGACUGAGUCUAGAUGAGCAGGUGGACUGUACUGAUAGGUCUAAGUAGAGUGACUUUACAGUGAGGUGUUUGAGAUUUAAGGGGGUUCGACGAUGGUUUAAUAAGAUGGUAAACUGGAGCACCUCGAAUUUUUGUUUGUUUAUUUUUUUAGGGUAAAUUACACUCAUGGUUAUUUUUGUUUACCUUAGGUUACAUUUUAGUCACUUAUGUUUGAAAUGUUACGUUUUUGUCACUUACGUUAUCGUGUUGUAACAUUUUAGUCACUGAGCCAUUAAUUGUCACUAACGGUAUAACGGUAAGUUGACGUGGCACGUUAAAUCAUCAUUUCAAACAAAAAUUUUAGGGUAAAUUAUACAAUCGAUCCCCAUAUUUUUUCAUUUUGAGUAAUUUAAAUUUUUUUUAUGUUCUUUAAUUUUUUUCUUUAUUUUCCAUUAUCUUAUGUUUCUCCCUCUAUUUUCUUACCUUCUCCAUUUCUUUUAACAUAUCAAGAAGUCGAAUUGGCAAUGAAGAAAUAAGUAGGAAGUCGAAAACCAUCAUUGCCUAUAACCAAAACCCAUAAACCCAUACCAUGCUUUUUUCUUCACUGCCAAUUCGACUUCCUGAUAUGUUGAAAGAAAUGGAGAAGGUAGAAAAAUAGAGGGAGAAGCAGAAGAGAAUGGAAAAUAAUGAAAAAAAAGUUAAAAGAACAUAAAAGAAAAAAUUAAAUUGCUCAAAAUGAAAAAAAUAUGGGGACCAAUUGUAUAAUUUAACCUAAUUUUUUUUAUUUGAAAUCAUGAUUUAAUGCGCCACAUUAGUUUACCGUUAUACCGUUAACGACAAUUAAUGGCUCAAUGACUAAAAUGUUACAACACGAUAACAUAAAUGACUAAAAUGUAACAUUUCAAACAUAAGUGACUAAAACGUAAUCUGAAGUAAACAAAAGUGACCAUGGGUGUAAUUUACCCAUUUUUUUAUGGCAUUGCUUAUUAGUUUUCUCUUUUGCAUAUUAUUACAUUUCCUACUGAAUAUUGUUGGAGGAGCUUCUUAGUGUUCUUUUUCAAGAGAAAUCUUCAAAAUCUUAUUCUUUGAGCA